UAUUGUCUAUGUGUGCAGUGAACCUUGUCCGUCUACAGCUUGAGCUGGUACAGGCACACACACUCACGACUCCAUGAGGGCCUCCACAGGCUGCCAGGAUGCAAUGGAAUUUCCACGUUUCACUUUCAAUCCAAAGGAAGGGAUUGAUAAUCCAGCUCUGGUCAUCAGCGAUGAUCCUGAACCUGAUCCGAGCUUGGUGCCCAGACUGUGCCAGUUGAAGUGUUUGGAAGGACAGAGCUUUGGCUUCUACCUGCAGGUGGACCAGAGCAGCUGCGGUUUAGAGAUAAGAGAUGUGGAUCCAUGGAGUCCUGCAGGGCACAGCGGCCUCCGACAGGGAGACAGAGUACUGGAAAUCAAUGAGAAAUAUGUGCAUAACAUGGACUUACACAGGGUGGUGAGGAAGAUCAAGUCAUGCGGCUUACACCUGUUUGUCCUGGUGUUGAGGAGAGAAGAGUAUGAACAGGCAGUGUCUUUAGGUUUGGACAUGCAGACACUGGCCAAGGCCUCCAAAGGGGACCGCUGGUCAAGACCCAGACUGUGUCACAUCAGCCGACAUCCAGAUCAUGGCCUGGGAAUGACCAUCAUCUCAGUUCCAGGUCAGAAGGGCCAGUACGUCAUGAGCAUAGCUACUAACAGUCCAGCAGAGAAAGCUGGAGUCCGUACUGGAGACAAACUGAUCUGGAUCAAUGGAGUCAUGGUGUCGACGCUCACACACUCAAUUCUCAGUAAAAUUGUGAAGAAGAAUGGGGACUCCGUGACCGUGCUUGUCAUUGACAGUGAGAGUGAGUUUUCCUAUGUCAGGAGGAAGUUGCCCAUCUUGCCUGUUUUGGCAGAAUGUUGCAGCCUGCCACACUCUGCCAAGACCAUGCAUCUGGAAAAAGGAAGUGAUGGAUAUGGCUUCCUGCUGAGACAAGAGAAGCUGGCAGGCACUCGACAGAUAGUUCAUGUGCUGAGGGAGGUGGAUGUGGGCAGUCCAGCUGCGGGGGCAGGGAUGGAGGAUGGAGACCUGCUACUAGCUGUCAAUGGUGAACUUGUUGAGACUAUGGAACAUGAUGACAUUGUCAAAAAGAUUAGACAGAGUGGUGAUAAAGUCACCCUAACCUCUAUAUCUAUACCAGGAAGAGACUUUUACAGAAAGUUAGGCAUUUCUCCCCUGUUGUUCCACGAUGAAUGGAUUUUCCAGGAUGACACACAGCAAACCAUCUCCUGCUGCACUAAGAACCUGAAUGAAACUCCUCUGAGAAAUGUUGAGGACACAGAGGAGGCUGCCUCUGGUUUACACUCAGGAACUUUAACAUCACAGCUGCCAGGGAGAACCUUUGAGGCUUUCUUGUGAUUGAAUGACCAUGAGAAGAAAGGGGAAUAAUCGGGGAGCUCAGGUGAAAAAAAUAACAACGAAAACAUAAUGAUUUCACUGCUAGCUAAGGUGAGACACUUGGAGAAGUUGUUUUAUUCUCUGCCCACUUAUUUUUUUCAGUCUUAAAACCACCACUGUGUUACUGUCUUCUUGGAACAGGCAUGCUUUGCCACUGGACAGUCUUUUAAAUCUAUGACUAGAUCACAUGACUUGCCUUUAUGUCCUUUGUGAUCCCCAACUGUACAAUCUGAUAUCAUUCUUUGUCAGUUAUAAACAAUCAUAUUUUGUGUAAGAAUCUUCAUGUACUGUAUGAUGUCAGCUGUGAAAUAUCUUCAUCAUAUCUCCAUAUAUAGAAGCCUACCCUAUGGGUCAUUCCACACCAACUCAUCUAGGGUCUCCCACUUCACUACAUGGAUUCUCUAGAAAAAAUUAAUGUCAAUUUUUUAUGCAGUACCAAUUAACUUCGAGAUGUGACACAGCUACAUUAAUACCACACUUGGAGCCAUAAUUUGGUGAAAAGAAAGUGAAAAGUAGAGAAGAUGUGAAUUUUUGGAAUGACAGAUUCUUCAUUCUGGCAAGAACUUCUGGUUCUUAAUCUGAUUACUUUUACCAUUUAGCAACAAACAUUUAAAUGAAAAAAAAAACUGCCAAGUUUCAUUAUGGUCAUUUGGAUGUUCAGAAAAAUUUUCACCCAAUCCAGUGAAGAAUUCAUAAUUUAUAAAAUAUUAGUACAUUGAUAGGAAUUUAAUAGAAGUUUCUAUAUGAAUUUCCUCAAUAAAAUCCAUGAUGUGAACUGAAAAAAGUUCUGGAUUCUUAGUGAGUUAGCAUGGCAUGACCUAAGGCAACUUUAAAGGUCCCAUAUUAUACCGUUUUUCAUCAAUUUCACACAGCUGUCAGAGGUCCAACAGCUCUGUGUUCGAUAUGCAUUACCCCAAACUCAUCAAUGGUCCUGAAUUUCAGCUGUCUAAAAGUUGCUCUACAGAGCUCUAUUCAGAGCAGUCUGUUUCUGUGCCUGCACCUUUAAAUGCUAAUGAGCUCCGUCUGUCUAUGCCUACUUGGAGAGCCCUGCCUGCUACAUCACUCUCAGGGAGAGGAUUCCCCCUGCCUUAGCAGUAGCAUGCGCUAAUGUUUAUGGUGGAUGUAUAUAUGUAUCGCUAUGGCUUGAGGAGAUUUUAUCGUUCAACCAUACCAAGAAGUACAGACUCUGUGGCUGCAGCAGGACAUUUCAGAAUGGUUAGUGUGUCUGUAUAAUGUUAGUUUUUGUGUUGUUACAUUUACUACCAUGAAGCUAAUGGCUAACAGCUAGCGAAAGCUGUGUUUGU